CUCUACGCACCUACCGGUACUCUUCUGAAUGGGCACUCGGGACAGAUAAACAUGCCCAACUUCGCUCAGAAUUUCCAGUCACAAUGUCUCGAGUUCUACUACCAAAUCAGCAGUGACAAUGCCGGACAGCUUAAUAUCUACCAUUGGUUGUCGACGACGAGUAUGCCGUCGACGACGAAUUGGGAGAGGACGGGUAAUACGGCAGGCGUCUGGAAUCGGGGGAUCUUCACUAUUGAUCCGCAGUCAGACAGUUAUAAGGUUUCAUUCGAAGCUAUUGUGGGCAUAGACGAAAGGGCUUUCAUUGCAAUGGAUGACGUCACGAUAAGUGAUGGCUCAUGCCCAGUGGAGAAUUUUACUUGUACAUUCGAGGAAGGCAUGUGUUCCAUCGUACAGGACCAAACAGAUGAUGUCGACUGGUACAGAUCUCAGGGUUAUUCAAAUAUCGUCUAUUCUUCGCCUUCUGUGGACCACACACUUGGAACAGAUAAAGGUUACUAUGUAGUCAUCGAAGCGGUGUUCAUGACUGUAGACGACGUUGCCCGGUUGAUCACACCGACUCUUCGGGGUGUAGCUGAUGGGAGUCCACAAGCUUGUCUCACUUUCUUCUAUCAUAUGUUUGGACCGGGUGUUGGUGAGCUCAAGGUGUACGUGGUGCCUCUCAGUACCGAUAUGGGAGAUCCUGCAUGGGUGCUGUCCGGAAACAGGGGCGAUACGUGGAGAGGAGCCGAGGUGGACAUCAUCUUGGACACUGAUUUUACCAUUGUGUUUGAGGCCGUACGAGGUAUAACUUAUAUCGGCGAUAUCGCGUUGGAUGACCUCAGUUUCCAGAGGGGAGACCAGUGCCCUGGUCAUUACACGCCUCCAUCUGAUGACAAGCAGGCGACCUGUGACUUCGAGGAGGUGGAGAUCUGCGGAUAUGAACAAGACCAGAGUGAUGAUGUUGACUGGAUCUGGCAGAAUAGGGCUGGUCUUUGGAUUAAUGCUGGACCUCAGUACGACCAUACCACCAAAGAUGAGUUUGGGUUUUACUUAUUCUUAUACGGAGACGUGGGACAUCGCCUGACUGCUUGCAUGAUCUCCCCAAUCAUACCGAGCCAAGCUAGUCAAGCCUGUCUCGAUUUCUGGUGGCAUCUCUAUGGCAACGAUGAACAAAAGCUCAGCGUCUACUGCGUCAAGGACGGCGAAGAUAUCCCGGAGACACCUCUUCUUAGCAUAUCCGGUAACCAUGGUGACCAGUGGCGAAGGAGCCUCUACCAGAUCCCAAUUGAGCUCACCCCAUGUCGCUUAAUCUUUGAAGGGACGACUGGCAUCCAUAUGCGUGACGACAUAGCUAUUGAUGACGUCAGUGUCCUUGAAGGCCAACAAUGUCCAGAAAAUCCUACGGUUCUUCCAACGACCCUGCCUCCUUCGACCAGCAAUGUCGACUGUAAUUUCGAGAGCACGAGUGACGCUAUGUGUGGAUGGACCCAGAGUAUACGAGAUGGAUUUGAUUGGAUACUCCACAGUGGACCGACCAAGAGCUAUAACAGUGGUCCUGACGUCGACCAUACUCUACAAACUGACCAAGGUCAUUACAUGCUGAUAGACUCUUACGAGGAUCUGCCAGCUAAUACCAGAGCGGUGAUCAGUUCCCCGCUGAUUUCGCCUGCCACCAAUAUCCGCUGCUUCAAGUUCUGGUACUUCAUGGACGGCCUCAACUCCAACUUUCUCAACAUCUUCCUCGUACCCUACGGCUACACCCAGUCUAAUGAUCCCAACAUCCAGCUCUACGGCAACAUGGGUUCGCAGUGGAUGGAGGGUCAGAUGACAGUAACUUCGUCCACCAGGAGUUUCUAUAUCAUCGUUGAAGGAGCAAUAGGUCAAUAUUCAUAUUCGGCUGACGUAGCUGUUGAUGACUUCUCGCUUGGAAACGGCAUAUGCACAGGAUCUCCACUACCGAACUACCCUUUCGUCGCCAACUGUAAUUUCGAAGAUGGCAUAUGCGGUUAUACGCAGCCGAAUGAGGAUUCUACCAAUGAAGAUGACUUCGACUGGUUCUUGAAUUCUGGACCAACAGGGACCGAUGGAUCUGGACCUAGCGCUGACCAUACUAAAGGAACAGCUGAUGGUCAAUAUUUGUACUUGGAAGCUUCUCAGCCUCGUCGACCAGGUGAUCGAGCUCAACUCAUCUCCCCGGUGAUCGACUAUUUCAACACUACUUACUGCUUGGUUUUCUUUUAUCAUAUGAGUGGUGACGACACAGGUUCUUUGACGGUAGUGCAUCGUGGUGAUUACUACCCUGAUGAAGAGAUUGCUCGCCUAACUGGUCCGGCUGGGACAGGGUGGAAACCGUACAACGUUGAUGUCGGUAUCAAGUACGGACCUGUGGAAAUUGUUUUUACAGGUGUGGUGGGAAACGGUUACCGCGGUGACAUUGCUUUAGACGACAUAACCUUAACACCUGGACUAUGUAGUAGCCGUUCUGAUACGGAGAUCAUAUGUAACUUCGAGAAUGGCUUCAGCGACAGGUGUAGCAUGCAACAAGACACCAAUGACCAAAUGGACUGGGCAUUGUAUGAUGCGAGCACCGGAGACACGCCUCCUAUUGAUUGGCCCGGACAUGGGUCAUUCAUCUAUGUUGAUGGGACUAACCGAACAUCGGGUGAUGCUGCAGAACUUAAAUCACCCGUAGUUACCAACUCACUCAAUAAUAUCUGCAUCCGUUUCCUCUACGCACUCCAAGGCGACAUGAGUUUGGAUGUAAUUCGGGUGGGAGGCGACGGUGCCGAGAAGACACUGCUGUCAUAUGCCAAACCAACUGGCAUGACCAGUGUGAAGUAUCUCGUCGAGAGCACAGGAUUUCGAGACGAUUAUUGGUUUUACAUGAAGGCUACCGUAGGAAAUGGAAACGGUGACCUUGUUGUCCUGGAUAAUUUGUAUGCCAUAGACGACCUUUGUGGUUCAUACCCUGGCAGCGAGGGAUCUGAUUCGGAUAGCUCGGCUAUGGCAGUCUGCGUCAUUCUGGGUAUUUUCCUCCUCAUCGCUGUCAUACUCAUUGUCAUGGUGAUCCACCAAUAUCGCAACACGUCAUCCAAGUCCACCGGCUUAUUUGCAUCCUAAAGUACACGCACGCACGUAGACCAAGUACUGUUCAAACAUGGUGAACCAUAACCAUGGCCCAUAUUGCAAAAAUAAAAAAAUUAGGGGGAACUCCCCCAUAAAGUCUUUGAUAUAACUGCACCUAAUCUUAAUCUUGAGGUAGAAUACAUUACUAAGAUU